AAGCGAAAGACAAGUAACUCACCGGAAGUAUUAUGUCAUAACAUCCGGGUUUAUUUGGAAUAUUGGCGGUCUGGUGGUGAAUUCGCUGUUGUUUCUUCCACUCAUCUUAUUUCUCUAACUUAUCUUUAUAUUUAUGCUUAUGUAUUUUAUCCGGGUUCACAAAAUGGCGUUUACGGUGUUGACUUAGUUUUGUUUAAUCUAAACCCAAAAGAGUGGCGACGAUCGUAAAGCUGUGUCUAAAGUUAGUAGCAAAGUUUAGAGCUAACAGGCUAACUAGUGGUAAAUGUCGCAGUGAUUUCAGUCAGCUGAGCUCGACUGCACUUUUUUGCACUGGAAAUCGCUACUUAUAAAACAUUUUACAAUGGAGAAUACAGUAGCGAUGCAGAAAAUAAAUGGCAAAUAUUUGUGGUUUGCGAUGCUCGGUUUGGGAUUUAAUCCGGAGACUGAAAUAGCCUCUUUAGCCACAAAGACCAGCGCAAAACACAUCAACUUGGGCCCGACGAUGUUUGACAAACCAAAUAAGGAUGCGUUUUAUAUUGUAAUACGUUUUCUAUUGGAAAGGCUUAACCCAGCACGACUUAAUGAAUUAUACAGGCACUGUUGGCCUGUCCUGAACCACAAAGCAGAUGCGGAGUUUAGAAAAGUUACCUGUACUUGGCUAAGAGAAAUAAUGGAUGAGAAGGCCAGUGCAGGCUUCAAGGUCCAAGCAUCCUUGUUUCUCUCUCCUGGAGGCCCCAAAUUUCUGACUUUGAUGCUUCACUUGGCCAAUCAUGUGAUGGUGCAAGAAAUGAAGACUUUCAGCACAGAUGGCACCUGGGUUCCUGAGGCUGCAGCUUUUCCUGCGUCCUCUGUCGAUAUGGCAGUGAAGAGACUGAAACUGAUCCAAGCCAGGUUUUUGAAAACAGCUGUAGAUCAGGAUCGCUUCCUCCAGGAGUACCAGAAAAGAGCCCAAGCCCUGGUUAAGUCUGUGAGGGAGAUUCAGGCUGAAGGUGCAAAGUAUGAUGAGUUGCUUAAGCGAUACAGUGAUGACACUGUGCAAGAUCAAGCUUCUCUUGUUGAAAAGGCCAGAAAGGUGCGUGCCUUGUGGUCAACCAUUGAAGGAAUUGUUUCAUCAACCCAAGAGGAGCAGCAUGCAGUUCAGUGCGUCUUAAAGGGAGAUGUAGAUCAAUACGCACUUGAUGGAACUGAAAAGGCUCUCAAAAUCUCCCCCAGUCUGUUGGAAAGGAUGCAGCACCUUCCUCAAGAGUUGAAUUCUGGGAAUGUCUAUGAAGCUGGGCAGCUGAACCUCCUGAGUGUGCUUGAGCUGACAAACCAUGCCCUACAACUUUUGAAGGAAGAAAAGGCUCGAGUUUCCCAUUGCCCUCAAGCUUUCCUUGUACCAGAGCAACUGCAAGACAAAUGUCAGCAAAUGAGCCGCGUUCUGCAGGACCUCCACCUCAUUAGGCAAAAAAUCUCAAAAGAAGAGCUCCCUGAGGUCAAGGGAGCCAUAAGAGAGUUGGAGCAGGAGUGGGAUAGAAAGUGGAGUGAUGUUCUUCAAACCACACCAUUAACAACUUUUCUGAAUGAAGAUCCUGCUCUUGGCUUUCUGUCACCAAUGGCUCCACUGUCUUUCAAACCUGCCCCAGAAGCAAGUUAUAAAAGUAGCAUAUUCACCCAGUACCCUGCAAAACUUCAUUCAUCUUUGGCAGAGAAACCACUGGAGAAGCAAACAAAAGAACCAGUAACUAAAAGUAAUGUAUGUUUGGACUUUGAAACUAACGUGCCUGUGGUAUCGGCUGAAGCCUCGUCUCGAGCAAAUACUUCUCUAGACUGGCUGUUUGAUGGUGCCUCACCGGUCAACACUGAACCAGUUCCAGUGCCUAAAGUUAUUGUGAAAUCCAGUGCUCCUUUAACCCUCUCCAAGGUUACACCACUAAGAUCCAGGACUGAAAUAAUAGAAUUGGAGUGUGAUAAUCUAGCUGAUCAGUUUGCAGAUGCAAUAGCUACAAGCAGUGCUACUCCAGGGCAUGCCAAAGGUCUGGACUUGGAAGAUCUUCUCAAUACAAUUCAAGGAGAUCCAUUUUCAACCAGAAAACAGCUGCCCCGUACACCUGAGAGCUUGAUCAUGGACGUGAAGAGUUCCUGGCGAAAGGCAGUUGAAGAGGAUAAAGCUGAGAGGCUGCGCUCAACCAAGCUCAGUGACAGCAUAAUGGGUCUACUCACUCCUGUUGGCGAAGCUUCAUAUAGUUUUCAGAGCCCGUUUGCUCCUGCCCCGACUAAACCAAAAGUGAUGCCCCCUGUUGUUGAAGACACGCCCUCUGUAAGCCAGCAGGGGGCCUUGAUGAAAUCCAAUUUGGGAUGGGAAACCUUCACCAGUGAGAUGAUGGACAGUCCUAGUGGUACAGGCAGCAGUGCAGUCCAGUUUAGUCUUGACCAUGAAACUCUGCCUGAAAUGCCAAGUUGUGACAGUUUACUGAGCCUUGAUGAUGUGGACGUGAAGAGCGAGGAGGAAGUGUCACCCCAUUUACAGACGGAACUAAAACGGGAAACUCUGCAGCAAGAAUGCACCGAGAACUUGUUUGGUCAAGCAAUAAACCCAGUAAAGUCAGAUAAAACUGAUAAAACGUUUUCCUUGGAUUUUGACACACUAGGCACCCCAUCCACACCCAAUCAAGAAUACAGCCUCCCUAAACUCAUCACAUUCUCACCAAUAGAUGACAUGAAGUGCUAGUUCACCUUUCUACUAUAUAAAUUAAUUUGCUGUACAUAACUAUAAACCCAACUUGGUGUUUUCACUCUAAAGACACAAUGAAUAUUCUGCAAUUCCAAUUGUACAUAUAACUAACUAACUUGUACAUAUAUUUGGUUGUGUAGAAAGUCUUAAUGUCUGAAUCUUUCUGAACGUUUUAAUAAAGAUAUUAUGUCUUGUUACAAAUAUCUUCUGGUAACUACGAUGUAAUUAAAAAAAAAAAAAGAACACCUGCAUUUGAAAUAUUGUAUUUGCACUAACCAGGCAAUAGGGGGCGCCAUAGACUGACUUACUGUGGAUUGUACUGAUGAGUAUUGUAAAUGCGUAGAGAACAGGAAAUGGAAACAAAUACUGAAUAAAGUUUUUUUAGAUGGCCGAAAUGUUGUUAAUCGUUUAUGUGAAUCACUGUUGCCAUGAUCUUGUGACUUAAUGUAACUAGCCAAUCCACCACUGUUAGACAUUGCAUUGUGUGUAUUGUUAUAUUAUGUAAUUCGUCUUUCAAACUGUCUGCUUUUUGACGGUAGGGUCCAAAUAAACUUGGAUUUGCACUGAAA